AAAUCCGCUACUACGUCCUAUCGCUUGGCUGAUGAAAUUGAAUGGUAGAUGUGGUAGGCGUCCGAUCACUGUCUCUGAUAGCGGAUUUCCAUAAGUCUGGUAACAAUUAGAGAUAGGGGAAUGAAACAAAAAUGGCACAAAUGUUUCACUGAAUUGGACAAAAUAGCCGCGAAAGAUCAAAAGAAACAUAACUGAACUUUUGUUAUAUAUUUUGAGUGGCGUUAAUUAUAUAUGUAUUGUCGCACACCUGCAAUGGCGCGGCACGAUAACAUUGCGACGCAAAGUCAAGCUUCCAGCAUUUGGGGCCAGACACAAAGCCAGCCGAUCGAGAAUAUAAUUUGGGGGCGCCUAUAUGGAAAGAAUAUAAAAAUGAAUUCGAUUGACAAACAUCUUGCAGCAGUAUACAUUCGCAUGUUUCACGGAGGGGCUGUGGUCAUUGGCUAGAUUUAUCGCUGACGAACCUUUUUUUUUUUUAUAUAACCCAGUGACGAUCUAUCCUAAGACCUAUGGCAAUUUUAUAAAAAUUAUAAAUAUUUUUUAGAUCUGAAUUCCGACGAGUUUACUGCUGGUCGCGGCGAUGGAAGUAAUUUGAUGCUAACACUAGAUUAUUUGCCUGAAAGAAUACUGUACCGAAUAUCAAAAGUACAUUUUACAUUAAAACGUGCUAAUUGCGAUAUUUCCAAUCCAGUGUAUAUACAAGACAACUCUCGCAAUGGUACCUUUGUGAAUGGUGAACGAGUAGGUAUUAACAAAUCACGAAUUUUACAAAACGACGAUGUGAUUUCCCUAUGUCAUCCAAUGAACAAAGCAUUUGUGUUCAAAGAUCUCUGUCCAAACGAGGCAUUGGGCUUACCGAAAGAAAUUACAACUGCUUACUAUGUAAGUAGAAAAUUAGGUUCUGGUGCAUGUGGAUUAGUACGUCUGGUUUUUGAUAUACGUACUUGCGACCAAUUCGCUAUGAAAAUAGUUAAAAAAAAUCUACUUAGCGAAUGUAGUGCUAUCACUCGAAAUAAGCCAUCAAAUUCGAAUGAUCCGGAAAAGGUUCUUAACGAGGCGAAUAUAAUGAAGAGUCUGUCUCAUCCAUGUGUCAUAAAAAUGCAUGACAUUAUUGAUAAGCCUGACUCUGUCUAUAUGGUGUUGGAGUUCAUGAAAGGUGGUGACCUGCUCAAUCGAAUUGUGAGCAACAAAAAUCUUACCGAACAGAUAUCAAAAUUGUUCUUCUUCCAAAUGUGUCAUGCCGUCAAAUAUUUGCAUGAUAAAGGUAUUAGCCAUCGUGAUCUAAAGCCGGAUAAUGUACUACUGGGUUCUUCCGACGAAGAAACUUUAUUAAAAGUUUCCGAUUUUGGCCUUAGUAAAUUUGUACAAAACGAUUCUGUAAUGAAAACGUUAUGUGGCACCCCGCUGUAUGUAGCGCCUGAAGUACUGCAGACAGGUGGACGAGGAGCUUACACAAAGAAAGUUGACAUCUGGAGUUUGGGCGUAGUGCUUUUUACUUGCUUAAGUGGCACUUUACCAUUCUCGGACGAUUUUGGUACUCCAGCCAGUGAGCAAAUAAAACACGGCAAAUUUCGUUUUAAUCAUCCAUCUUGGAGAAAGGUAUCUCAACGAGCGACUACGCUUAUUAGAGAAAUGUUGAUUGUCGACCCAAAAAGACGCCCAACUAUUGAUGAUGUCUUGAGAAGUAGCUGGUUGAAAGAUAACGAAAUGCUACGUAAAGCUAAAGCUUUGAUGCAGUUGGACGCAAUGGAUAUUGAGGAAGAAGAGAACUUCUUGCAGCCACCAAAAAAGCGCGCCAGGAGAUAAAUUAUGUAUUUUUACGCAAUUCAUAUUCAUUGGCCAGUAUUGUUGAAGUGUAUGUAUGUCUAACGAAAGCUUUCGAUGAUAUAUGCGCGUUAAAGUCUUGGUUUUGCUUAUUUUGUGCCCUUUUAAGUUGUUUUAAUUACAUCCCAUGAAGUUUUGGAUCACUACUAUAUGGAUAAUGGUACUUUUAUUUUUAACAUUAAUAUGAAAUUAUCUAUUUGACAUGCAUGAGCACUCCUAACUGAUGUUUUUUGCUAAAUUCUACAACAAAUUAGUUUAAAGGAGGAUUCGAGUAUGCAUUUAAGUCGUAAAUUAUAUUGUUUUUUUUUUUACAAACGGUUUACAAAAAUGUUAUGUGUAAUUCGUUAGAUUUAAGAUAAAUUUUUGAACUUAACGAACAAAAAUACUUAUGUGUCAUAGUAGAAGUAAAAUUUUGUGGUUGAGCGCGUUGCGUGCUACUUUAAAUCUUUGUUAACGUGCAUCGACGAAGCAUAUAUUUAACAAAAUAUAUCUUAUCAGAUGAUGGUACAAAUAGGAUAUUUACAGAUAAAGUUUACACCUAGAUUUAUAAAAAAUAUGUGAAUGUAUCCAAUAGAUCAGUCUUUAAGUUAUUUUCUGGCAGAAAGCACCAAGUUCGCCAGAGAUCCGUUUAUUUUAUCCUAAUGUAUCCAAUAGAUCAGUAUUUAAGUUAUUUUCUGGCAGAAAGCACCAAGUUCACGAGAGAUAAGUUCCCCAAACAUUCAGGUAUAAGUAUUUAAGUAUAUGCCAGCAUUUUAAAAUCAUUUAUACUUGUUGCUUAUUUUACAUUCGAGAAGUAACCAUCGAAUGUAAUAUUUUUAAUUCAAAUAUUACUGUAUUAAUAAAUAUACGGUUAU